CGAAUAACUUUAAUCCCUCUCAAUAACAUCAAUAAAAGCCGGCUUCUUCGUUACCUCGUUGAAUAUGAACGGAAUAUUUAUCGUAGGGCAUGAAUAUAAAUAUACGUAAAACCCAAGUAUGAUAUAUAUAAAAAAUGAUGAAGUUCGGUUAUCAUUACAAAUUGGUGCACCCAAUAAAAUUUUACAAAAGAAAAAUGGACCAUUGUAAUAAAAUCGUGUGCAAUUUAUACGCACUUGCGCCCAUUGUUUCGAAGCAAAUACGUAUUAUUGGAACGCUUGGAACCUAUCAAAUUUGAUAACGAAGAUUAGCAAACAUUUUGAAAUUAGAGUGUAAAGUUCCUAAAAUGAGACAAGGGACCAACUUUAAGACUGUAUCCGUAAUAUUACAAAAUCUCGUCUCAUUUAUAAACAUUAAUGCCCGCUAAGUAAUACCUUCCAGCAUUCAUAGAAAAAAAAAUUAAGUUUACUACAGGAUCUAAACAUUAGUGAAAUUGAGUUCAGUCAAGUUCAGUCUACAACAUACAGUAGGUAGAACACAUACAUAGGCAAUUACAUAUUUGAAGAAGUAUAUUUAAGUGAAUAACUAUAAUUAGUUUCAACUAUGGCCGUAACGUCGGGAGCUGUAAUGAAUCCAAGUCUUAAUGACCCAGUAACUAAAGCAGUUGUAGAUAAUAUAAUGGGUAAUUUACCUACAAAAAAGCCACUUGUUCGAUGUGAUGACUGUGAUCUUUCCUUUACAAGCCAAACAGUAUUAGAUACUCAUUUGCAAGGAGCACGCCAUGCAAAACAGAUUAGAUCUAAGAAUAUAAUGGCGUCACUUGAAGAAACGAAAGUAGCCUUUACAAAAGAUGAAGAGACAAAUGGGUUGAAAUGUAACGUCUGUAACGUGUGCCUCAAUUCAAUACAACAACUUCAAACACAUUUAAAUGGAAGUCGACAUAAAAAGAAAGCAUUGAGAGGUGGGUGGGAUGUCAGUGACGUUGGUAAUCUCGAGACAGCCACCACAAAUGUUCAGGAACAUUCCGCACCUAAAGGCGUACUUUCGUGCAACCUGUGUAACAAAAUCUUCAAUUCCCCAGCACAAUAUAAUGUGCAUAUGACCUCAAAAAAACAUACUGGCAAAUUGAAACAGAUCAGAACUCAAAAAAAGAAAAGGUUCUUCCCAUAUGGGAGAAAGCCGAAACCUGAUGCCAAUCGUAAGAAUUUAGUUCAAUCACUGUCAAAUAACUUUGUCCCAGGUGGUUUCACAAAUCAGACAUAAGAAGUUAAAACAACAGAAUGGGUACAUAUAUUUUAAUACGUAAAUUGUUUAAACAUAUGAAUGUAUCAAUCUCGAAAAGAAAUUUGAGAGAUUCAAAAAUCAUAUGUUAGUUCAAUGGAGAGGUCGUUUUGAUACUUAAUUUGAUUGACGGGAUGAUACUCGUGUACAAUAUAAGAGCACACACAUAAUGAAGUACUGAGAUACGUAUACAUAUACAUGAUUCCUAAUCACUUCAAGCUCUAUUUUGCAUUGACAUAUAUGUAUGUAUAUCUUCCUCUUUGCAUCACUUUUUGGCAUUCAAUGUAAAUAUGUAAUUGAAAUACAACUGAUCAGACAUGUCGGAUGCAACUGUGUAUCUGAUGCAUUCAAAAAAUAAACUGUACAAAGCAUGGAUCUUGUGUCAAAAGUAUGUUUUAAAUAUAUUAAUGGUGUCUUUGAUGUUAGAAAUAAUGCAGAAAAGUGCUGAUAUGUUGUAUGAAUGUAUAUAUAUGUCUAAAUGAAGAUUAAUGAAAUACGUACAAUGUUUUAAGUGAGAACAAUAUGCAGCAUUUAUUUAUCUUAUAAGAUCAAAAUGCUAUAUCCUUCUCGGCCCAUUGCAUGACGUCUGACUAAAAUUUAAAUACAUACACAUAACAUAAUUAUAAGUUGUUAGUGUAAAAUAUUUUACUUGUCUCAUACUACCUCUGUUGCAGAUCUGCUUAAUAGACGUCGCAUUUCUGCAUUCUGUUUCCGUAACAAUUCUGUUUCGGCAUUUAAUUGACUUCUUUCUUUCAACACUUCGUAAUAUUUUUUUACACCAACUAGUAAAUUGUCCCAUAGUCUCUCCCUGUCUUGUGAAAAAAUAUUACGAUAUUGUUCCCAAAAUUUGAUUAUGUCUUCGUCAGUUAUAUUGCGAGAUACAGUGAGUUUUUCCUUCACUGUCCUUUUACUGGUUUCUUCUUUCUUUACAAACUCGUAUCUUUCGAUAAACUCUUUUAAUGCGCUUGAGACAAAUUCAGUUCCAAUUGUCAACAAGUGGCCUUUGUCGCAUGUUAACAAUCGCUUUGAUUCAUCAUCCUCUGUAAGAAUAAAAUCUUGUAGGGUAAUUCAUAAACGUGUAGUUACCUCAGGAUAAUAAAAUAAACCAAAAACUGAUAUAUUA